CUGUGGUCUGAAAAGAUAAUCUAGGCCAGCUGUAGCCGUCGCUCACAGAAAACCCAAGCUGGGAACUGUGUGUCUCUAUCCCCUUAGUUCUCCUUGUCUGCCUUUCAUAGUUACCUCUGUUGGGACUUCCUUCUUUUGUGCAUUUCCGAGUUGCCUCUACUGGGACCUCUACAAAACAUCUGGGUGGAAGCUGCAAGUAUGGCUUCCCGGAAGGUCUGGAUGCUGGCCCUUCUUUUGGCCCUCCUCUGUUCGUUCCAGCUCCCUAAAGUAGAGGGACAGGAACACCACCAUCAUGACUAUGGCAAAGCAGAGCACCAAAGCCAUGAAGAUGAACACCAUCUUCACAAGGAACAUGACUACCAUGGGCAUCGCAAUCAGCACAGUGAUGGUGAUGAUGAUGAUGAUGAUGAUGACGACGAUCAUCAUCAUGAAGCCGGGCAUCACCAAGAAAGCCAUCAUUCCCACAAAGAUGAUAAACAGGAGCACCAUCAUCACCACAGUGAUCAUCAUGGCGAUGAUGGCGAUGACACUGGCCAUGGUGCACAUCAUCAUCAUCAUCAUCAUGAACAUCAUAGCAGCCAUCACCAUCAUGAUGAUGGGGAUGAUGAUGAUGAUGAUGAUGAAGACGAAGAAGGACAUCACCACCACCAUCAUGAGCAUCAUGGUGAACAUCAUCAUCAGCACCAUGAUGAUGAUGAUGAUGAUGAUGACGAUGAUGACGAUGACAAUGAAGAUGAACAUCAUCACCACCAUCAUGAACAUCAUGGCAAGCACCACCACCAUCAUGACGAUGAUGAUGAUGAUGAUGAUGAUGAUGAUGAUGAUGACGAUGACGACGAUGACGACGAUGAGGAUGACCACCACCACCAUAAGCAUCAUAGCAAUCAUCACCACCAUCAUCAUCAUGGUGAUCACCACCAUGAAGAUGAAGAUGAUGAUGAUGAUGAUGAUGAUGAUGACGACGACAAUGAUGACAGUAACAAAGAAGAGCAUAGCCGGCAUCACCGGCAUCACCACGAUGACGAUGACGACGACGAUGAUGAUGACGACGAUGAUGAACAUCAUGGCCAUCAUCACCAUGGGGGCCAUCAUCAUCACAAUAAAGAAGAGGACGAUGACGAUGACGACGAUGACGACGAUGACGACGAUGACGACGAUGAUGACAAAGAGCGCCACCACCACCAUCACCACCACCACCAUCACCCUGGUGAUAAUGAAGAAGAGUCUGAUGAAAAUGCUUCUAAGAAAGAAAAUGCACAUAAAGGACACAAAGAAAAGCAUCACAAACAUGAAAAGGCCAAGAAACAUCAUGAAGGAGAAGAUGAUGAUGACGAUGACGACGACGAUGACGAUGACGACGACGAUGAGGAGUAUGAGGCAGGGUCUGUUUGCCACUACUGUGCCUUCUGCAAGCAUUGUGAUGAGUGUGACAAAUGUCCCUGUAAAGAAGGAGAUACCAGUGAACACUGUGCAAGCUGUCAGUACUGUCAUUUCUGUUACAUUUGCCCUGUUUGUGAGACAGCCUGUACACCAGGGAGCAUCGUAGAUGAAUUAUCAGGAGCCUUAUUUCAGACAAUUGCCACCAUUUUCGAGCAGCAACAGCACUGAAGCGCCCCCUGCUGGAGAGGACAAAAUUUGAGAGGAAAGAGACAGCAACCUUUGCCUUUUAGGGUCAAAAUGGCACCAGAUGGGCACUUCUGCCCAAUAGUUUUAAUCCCACCCUUGUAGUAUCAAGGCCUUUCCUUCCAUUGUUCCCCCCUCAAAUGAUAAAGGGUUCCUCUACCAUAUACUUGGAAAAGUUACUUUAAUGGACAAAAGCUUUUGGAACCCAUUAGCUAAGGAUGCUCAGAGUCCAAAAAAAGUAUUUUUUUUCCAAGUCUGCCUUGGUCUUUCACAAGUGGUAAAAGAAGCUGUGAUUGUGAAUAGACAGCAAGCAGGGAAAGAAUUAAAUAACCUAUCUCCUCCA